UUCUGUCCUUCAUCCCAAGGGCGGUUCACCGGACCUCUCGUGGUUUUCUAACAAACCCACGACACUCUAUCUCUCUCCGCACACCUCACGCUAUCUAACGACACCCUCACGGACAUGACCGACGUCGCGGUAGACUUGGACGCGUCCGCGCCCGCGCUGGACAAGAUACGCGAUGAGGAGGAGCUCGCAAACCCUGUGAACGGCGACGCGAAGACGCGCGUGCCGGACGUGAUGGAGGUCUCGCUGAGCGGAGACACGCUGGUGGAGGAGACGAAUGGGCGUGUGCUGAAGGACGUGGUGAAUGGGAAGCCGGUGGAGGCGCCGGUGAGCGCGAAGCCGGUGGACUUGGAGGCGCCGGUGAAACCUACGGACGUCGAUUUGGAGAAGCCUGUGAAUGUGGAGGAGCCUGUUCUGCAGGCUGCUGAGGUGCCGGCUGAGGUCCCGGCUGAUGUGGUUGAAGAGGCCGAGGCUCCGGCCCCUGUCGAUGAGGCUGCCGUUCCUGCUGAGGCGGACGCACAUGUUCCGAUCGAGGCGGAGGUCGCCGACGCGAUAAACGCGUCGGACGACGUGCAGGACGACGCUCCUGCGCAUGAGGACGCCUGCGCCCCUGCACACGAGGAGGUCCCUGCCCUCGUCGAGGCCGAGACCGAGACGGUCGAGACGCCCGACCUUGCGGCUGAGGUUGCGCCUGCUGCUGAGGAUGCGCCUGCCGUCGACGUCUCACCGAAUGCCGAGGUUGAUGACGCGCCUGCGACUGUCGAGGCGCCUACUGCCGCCGACGACGUCGUGAAAGAUGCGUCUGUGCCCGAGGCUGCCGAGGUUGCGCCUGCUAUCGGGGAGACGCCUGCGCCCGAGAUUGCUGAGGAAGCCUCUGCGCCCGAGCCGGCUGAAGAAGCCGAUGCUGUCGUCGCAUCCGAGGUCCUCGAGGCCAAGGCAGAGGAAGUGCAAGUCGUCGAAGAAGCUCCAGUCGUCGAGGAUGCUCCAGUCGUUGAGGAAGCUCCUGCUGUCGAAGAGGCUCCAGUCGUCGAGGAGGCACCCGCUGUCGAGGAAGCGCCAGUCGCGGAGCAGGCGCCCGUCGCUGAAGAUGCGCCCGUCGCCGCGGAAGAAGCUUCCGUCAUUGCUGAAGAUGCUUCCGUCGCUGCUGAGGAGGUGCUCGAGCUCACUGAAGAGGUUGCGCCUGCCGCCGAGGUUUCUGCUGUAGUCGAAGAGCCAUCUGCGCCUGUCGAGGAGCCCAUGCCUGUCGCUGAGGAGAUUGCCCCCGCCGCAGAGGAGCCUGCACCUGUCGCGGAGGAUGCUACCCCUGCCGCUGACGAGGAGGCGCCGGCUGUUGUCGAAGCCGAAGCGCCUGCGCCCGUCGCGGAGGAGGAUGAUGCUCCGGCCACGGAGAAGGCACCCACUGCCGUUGAGGAGGUCACGGCCGCUGUCGAGGAGCCGGCUGCGCCUGCUGAACAGGAGCCCACCGCCAUCGAAGAGCCCGCAUUUGUCGUCGAAGAAGAGCAUGUUCCUGCUGCAGUCGUCGAGGAGGCCCCCACCGCCGUUCAGGAGGAGCCUGAGACCGCGCCCGUUGCUGUCGAGGAGGCUCCUAUCGCUGAAGAGGCGCCUGUCGCUGCUGCGGAAGAGGCGCCUGUCGAUGAAGAGGCGCCUGCUGCUACGGAAGAGGCUUCCGUCGUUGCUGAGGAACCCACCGUCGAGUCGGAGGAGCCUGAGACUGCUCCCGUCGUCGAAGAAGAACCUGCGCCUGUCGAGGAGACCCCAGCUGCCACUGAGGAGCCUGAAACUGCUCCGGUCGCCGAGGAGGAAGCCCUGGCUGCCGAAGAGCCAGCCGCCGAGGAGAAGGCGGAGGAAGUUGAGCCUGCAGUCGAAGCCGCUGCUGUCGAGCCGAAGCAAGAGGAAGAGAUCCAGAUCAAGCAGGAGGAGGAAGAAGUAGACCUCAACGCGCUGCCGGAGCUUGCGAAGGAGGAGGUUGUGGAGGCCGAGCCUGUUGUGGAGGAUGUCGAGCCUGUCGAGGAAGAGAUUGCGCCGGCGGUUGAGGAGACGCCCGUGCUUGUCGAGGGAGAGGCGAUUGAUGAAGAGGCGCCUGCUGUGGAGGCGGCCGCCGAGGAGGAGGCUCCCGCGGCUUCCGAAGAGGCGACACCUGUCGUCGAGGAAGCGCCUGCUGUCGAAGAGGCCGCGAUCACGACAGAGGCCGUUGCCGAACCCGUUGCUGCUGUCGAGGAGCAGCCGGAGGAGCCUGUCGAGACCGUUGAGUCAACGUCCCCCAACCCCGAGGUCGAGGAAGCCGACAAGGAAGCCGUCGUCGAGCAUAUCGAGGUCGCUCCUGUGGAAGCUGUCAAGGUCGACACUGCAGCCCCCGAGUCGGUGACGCCAGAAGCGGAGGCGGUUGAUGAAGCGCCCGAGGACAUUGAGCUGACGGUGGAGGCGCCUACGCCGGCCGAGAUUGAUGAAGAGGCGGUGUUUGAGGACGACGUCGUGCCCGCCGUGACGGCUAUCUCCCCUGCACCGCUUUCCGACGAUGAUGUCGCUAGCAUCAAGACCGAGGACGCGAAGGAGGCGGACCCUGCGGAGGAAGCUGCGACUCCCGUCGAGAACGACGUGGCCCCCGUUGAGGACAUCGCCACCCCCGAUGCGGACGAGAUCGUCCCCGACGUCGUUGUAGCUGCCUCCGCUAACAUGAACGAGCCCAUUGUUACUACCGAGGUUAUCGACGCUGCACCUGUUGCCGCAGAGGCUGCGGAGGUCGCUGAAGCAGUUGAGGAGGCCGCUGAGCCUGAGACUGUCAACGCGACCGAGCCGACUGAGGACGAGUUAGCGCAGACCGACAGCGAUGCCCUUUCUCCGCCUCAGUCUGACGUUGAGCGUCCUCGCACGCCGUACACGCCAUCGUACAGCGUCACGCAGCAAGGUCCGGGUGCUUUCGAGGAGGACGAGAUUGAGCUCCCGCCUUCUAUCGUUGCGCCCGUUCCUGUUGCUGCAGAGGCUCCCAAGGAGCUCGAAGUUGCGGAACCAGCGCCUCGCCCGUGGACCCCAUCGUACUCUGUCACUGUGCAGGGUAGCGCCUCUCCCCAGCCGGAAGGUGCUGAGGAGGACGAGGUUGCGCCCGAGCCGACUGAGGAACCUGCCGUCGCUACCGAGGAGCAGUCUACGGAGAACGCUACUGGCACGACCCCCGAGAUCGUCCUUCCCGAGGAAGAAGUUGCCCAGAUCGAUGAGGAAGUGGCCGGACCCGUUGCUGAGGACAGUGAAGUGCCGGAGCGCCCCAAGUCGCCUUAUCCUCAGUCAUACUCGGUCAGCGUCCAGGGAAGCCCAGCGCCGAAAGCGUUCGAGCUGGAUGCGGAGGAAGUGCCUGCGCCGGUCGAGGAAACGAAGGAGGAAGAGCCAGCAGUUGCAAGCGAGGCGGAGGCCUCUUUGCCUGCUGACGCCCCGGCUGUUGCCGAGGAAGCUUCCGUUGUUCCCGAAGUAGCCGUAGAGGACACUGUACCCGCUGCUGAGCCCGAGGUUGAAGAGGAAGCCCCAGUCGAGACGACUUCCAUCCCAGCACCGCCUGAGGACAUCGAGAGGCCAAAGUCGCCCUUCCCCUCAGCGUACUCGGUCACCUCUCAGGGUCCUGGUGUGGACUCGUCGGCGGCGGCUCCAGCUCCUGAGAAGCGUCCUGUUACGCCCACUGUCGUGGAGCCUGAGGAGGCUCGGGCGCCGGUCGUGGACCGUCCCAAGUCUCCCUUCCCGCAGUCGUACUCUGUCACGUCCCAAGGCCCUGAUGAGCCUAAGCAAACUGCGGGACCCGAUGUAGAGGUUCCCGAGCCUACGCACGAGGAGCUUGCUGCAGCCGAGCGCCCGCGUUCGACUUCGCCUUAUCCUCGCUCGUACUCUGUCCUCUCGCAAGGCCCUGGAGAGGAAAGCAAGGCUGUCAAGGAAGAGCAGGUGCCCGCGGAAGGGGAACAGGAGGAGGUUGCUCCGCAGACUGACAGCAAGCCUGUGGCCGCAGAGCGUCCUGUUUCGCCAUUCCCUUCGGCCUACUCCGUUACGUCGCAAGGCCCGGGGAUUGAACCCGAGCACCCCGAAGAGCUUGUCGACGAGGAGCCGUCGUCGGACGCACCCAUUCAGAGGGCAGCGACCCCGUUGAUUGUCACGCCGCAGGAGGAACCGGAGGAACCUGUCGACCGUCCCGGGUCUCCUUUCCCUCAGUCAUAUUCAGUCUCUCGCCAAGGCAGCCCGAAGCCGGUCGCACAGCAGCUGGAAGAGAUGGUCCAGGAGCCCGUCGAGCGGCCCAAGUCGCCCUAUCCAGCGUCGUACUCGGUGUCUAGGCAAGGCAGCCCUCGCCUGCCGGAACCGAGCGCCGAUGCCCAGGAUGUCGAACGUCCGAAGUCGCCUUAUCCUAAGUCGUACUCCGUCUCGAGGCAGGGCAGCCCUAUGCCGCCCGAAGUGGAAGCUUCUUCUGCUAAGGCAACUGAGGAUUCUGCUCUCAGCUUCGACGCGCCGUCCACAGUAGUCGAGACUCCUGAGCGUCCUAGGUCUCCCUACCCGCUUGCGUACUCCGUGUCCACGCAGGGUCCUGGCACUCCUGGUACGGAGAAGGAGGCUGAGGAGCAACCUUCAGAGCUCGCCUUCCCUUCCAACAAGACCGACACAACUAGCAAGGAGCCUCGGAGGUCAGGCUCGAGAAAGCGCCACGAGUCAACCGCGUCGCGCACGUCCGCGAGCGGCUGGCUAGCGCCCUCUGGAGCCUCUGAGCCCGUCCGCACCUCAUUGGAAGCAGCACGAGGAGAGUUCACGCGCAGUGCUGUGCCUACGCCCGCGAGCCCAGCGGACAGGCAUGACGAGCUGUCCAUCGAUGGCACCGAGGCGGAGGAGUCUGGCGCAGACGAGUCGGGAGCCGACUCAGACUCGGAUUCGGAUUCGGACGAUGAGCCGCCGCGUCGUCGCUGGUGCACAAUUAUGUGAUCUCUUCGACGCUCUGCCUCUCGUCAAAAUUCGUGAGCGGAAUCUCAGCCCAUUCUGCUGUCCAUGGGACUCUCGUCGGCAUAUCUUGCUUGCCUUUGCUCUCCUUCGACCCCUUUCCACUGCUUGCUUCGCUUCGACUCCAGCCAUCUCGUCGCUCCCUCAGUACAUAACGACCUCUCACGAUAGCGCAACAACGAUGUACAUGAUUUUUCUUCGUCUUCAUUUCAAAUCUAACGUUGAUUCUCACCAUCUGGAACAGCUACUCAUCACUUUUCCCAUUUCAUGCCCAUAUCAGGUCUUUCUGGUGAUCAAGGUCCUCGUAACUCAGUCCUGGUACAUGGCGCGCAUCCCCUUACAUAUCUGCCUAAUAACCGUACACUGACUUCCAAAAGCUUGGCGUACAGUAUCUGUGAAUCAAUACAUGAGUUUCGGUUCUUCAC